CUGUUGGUGGAUGGGUUUUGUUGUUUAUUGCUUGGAAACUCAAGCUGCCGUCUGUGUCGACAAUUGUGAUGCUUGGAAAAGGAACCCCAGAUUGUGUGUUUGUGUGGAGGGAGAGAGGGAAAGAGAGAGAAUUGGGAGCAGAGAGGAAAAUUAAUUGCAACUAUUAGGCAAAGUUUUCUUGUCCCUUUUUCCAGUGAUGGUUCGCUGACACCUUUCAAUACUACAGAAAAAUGUAUUGCGAGGAAAUAUUUCUUCUUCCUCUUGUUGGUUCAAUUGGAGACGUUUAAGACACAAAGCGAUGAACUGUCAAAGUCCUAGAGAGGCAGCCUUAAAUACACUUUUGUGCUGGGCUGAUCCUCAAGUUUGAUGUGGGUGAGCUUUACUGAGAAACUAACAUGCUACCAGGAAGAGCUGUCUUUUGGGGAGAUUUUCAGCUUUUUCAUUUGUAAUUUCAAAGCAUCCAGCUGCUGGAUUUAACACAGGAUAGCAACAGAAAGUCGAGAGAUUUGGCUCGAUCCCACAAGGGAUUUCAAGACAAGCAUGGCAAGUUCCUGCUCGGUGGCCAACUGCAAAAACCGCCGGUGGCAUGGAUCCCGUGUCACUUUUCACAGGUUUCCUUUUACGAAGGAGAGGCAGUUAAAAAAGUGGAUCAAAAGCAUUGGCCGUCCGAAUUUCGCUCCCUCUUACGACGAUGUCGUGUGUUCGGAACAUUUCAGAAAGACGGAUUUUUGGGGAAGGAUAGCUUCUGGGAGAAGGAAUUUAAAGCCGGGUGCCGUCCCAACUAUCUUUAAUACCUCUGUCAAUUCAAAAAAAUUAAACACUGCCAAGAGGGCUCAAAAAGAAAGCUCAGAAAAGGGGCAGCCCCUCGUCCGACGGAAUCCCCCCGAUCCUGAGCCAAGCACUUGUCCGGUGGUCGGUGAGGGCGAUGCUGACGUCUUGUCCUCCAAGAAUGAUAUUGUCAUCCUAGAACAUUCUUACUCUACUCCGGCAAGUCCAAGUAAAGCAAUUGCUUCUGCCCUGGAGAUCCGGGUGGCUUCGCCAGGAGACCAAGCCCCCGCAGAACCCCAAGGAAGGAAGAGCCUUCGCCUCCGCCAGGCUCGGAACAGAAGGGAGCUCAUGGAUGAGACGAGACAAAACGCUUCCGAGGAGCCACUGGUCGACUCCGAGGUCCAUCGCCAGCAUUUCCGAGACUUCUGCUACCAAGAGAUGGAAGGGCCCCGCCAUGCUUGCUGCCGGCUGUGGGAUCUCUGCCAUCAGUGGCUGAAGCCUGGAAAACAUACCAAGUUGCAGAUGCUGGAAUUGGUAAUCCUGGAGCAGUUCCAAGCCAUCCUGCCCCAGAAGGUGCAGGAGUAUGUCAAGGAACGGGAGCCUUCCAAUUGCGACCAGGCCGUAAGCCUGGCUGAGGAGUUCAUAAAGAGCCAGCAAAAGGAAGAGAAGAGGGCAGCCGAUGUCUCCAAAACAAAGAGGACCCCUUCACAGGGAAAACGUAGAUUGGGGUGCAGGAAGAUCGCCAAGGAGGAGGAUGGAAUCAUGCAGGAUGGAGCCGUGUCGGAGAGCCAGGAUCAGGCCGGCCCUCACAGGAUCGGAGCCAACGGAGGCGAUGGUGGGGAGGAGCAAGAAAAUCCUGAGAAUCCAGAAGGCAACGAAGCCACCCAGGAGGACCUGACAGAUGACAAGCAAGAACAGGAGAAGGAAGAGCAAGAGUGCCAACUGGAAGAAGCAGUGGAAGUGGAUCCCGGGAGGAUUUCCUUCGAAGUGGUGGAAGAGAGUUGUACAGUAGAAGGGGAGUCUCCGGCGAGCGAGAAGCCCUAUAGUUGCUCCAAGUGUGAGGAAAGUUUCACCGAUAAAUCAUUGCUCCUUGAACACCGAAGAUCACAUCCGGGGGACAGGCGAUAUGGAUGCUCCAUGUGCGAGAAGAGGUUCAACAAGAAAGCUUGUCUUCUUGCACACGAGAGAUCCCACACAGGAGACAAGCCUUAUCAGUGUUCGGAUUGCGGCAAGGCCUUCGGGCAGGAAUCGUCUCUCGUUACGCACCAGAGGACCCACACUGGUGAGAAACCCUAUGAAUGUUCGGAGUGUGGGAAGAGCUACCCCUGGAAAACAUCUCUGGCGGUUCAUCAGAAGAUCCACGCUGGCGAGACGUACUCGUGCCCCGUGUGCGAGAAAACCUUCAAUCAGAAGUCUUUACUUCGGAUACACAAGAGGAUCCACACGGCGGAAAAACUGUACAAAUGUUCGGAUUGUGACCAGAGCUUCACCCUUGAAAAAUACCUUAAUGCGCACAGAGUGAGAGCUCACACCCGGGACCGACCGCACGCCUGUUCACACUGUGACAAAACCUUCAUCUUUAAAUAUUCCCUCAUUGAACACGAGCGCAUGCACACCGAUGAGAGGCCUUAUGAAUGCUCCGAGUGUGGCAAACGCUACAAUGGCAAAGCUGCCCUGGUGGUCCACAAAAACACACACGGCGGACAGAAAUCCUAUCUGUGUCCCGAGUGCGGCAAGAGUUUCAAAACCAAAUGUGCUUUGACGGGUCACGAGAAAAGCCACAAAGGAGAGAAGCCCCACAAAUGUUCGCACUGUGACAAAAGCUUCUUCUGGAAACACCGCCUUAUUCUGCACGAGAGGGUUCACACAGGGGAGAUGCCCUUUCAGUGCUCGGAGUGUGGCGAAAGCUUCCGUUACAGAAACAAUCUCACCAAGCACAAGAGGAACACGCACGAGAGAACACGGAUGGUUGGAGAGAGGAUCUAUCAGUGCUCGAUUUGUGGCAAAAGUUUCCGCUGGAGACGGAGUUUCAUCUUGCACGAGAGGGCCCACAUGGGAGACAAACCCUUUAAAUGUACCGACUGUGGGAAAAGUUUCAUGAGCCGCGUGUCCCUCAUUGUUCACAAGAGGAUCCACACGGGAGAGAGGCCUUACAAGUGCUCCGAAUGUGGGAAAAGCUUCAUUAAGAAGCAGGCCCUCAGUAAACACAAGACGGUCCAUACAGGCGAGAGGCGAUAUUUGUGCAACGUCUGUGGAAGAAGGUUCUCCAAUAAAGGCAAUCUGAUGAGGCACACCAAGAUCCACACGGGAGAGAAACCCUACAGCUGCCCCAUCUGUGGGAAAGGCUUCAUACAGAAAGUGUGCCUUAUCGAACACGAACCCACCCACAGCAAGGAAAAACCCUUCAUCUGUUCUGACUGCGGGAAGAAGUUCAAGCGGAAAAGAGGUUUCCUUCUGCACUUGAGAAUGCAUCGAGGGGAAAUGCUGCACGAGUCCACCAAGAAAAGCGUCAACGGUGGGGAUCCCUCCGCCGCAGACAGCAAGGCCCCGGCGAAAGAGAGAUGCCACCCGUGCCUGGAAUGUGGGAAAAGUUUCCACUCAAGGUGUCAUCUCAUUAUGCACCAGAGGACCCACACGGGAGAGAAGCCCUAUCAGUGCCCAGAGUGCGGGAAAAGCUUCAGUCAGCAGUCGUCCCUCAACACACACCAGCGAGUCCACACGGGCGAGAAGCCCUCCCUGUGUACAGAGUGCGGGAAAAGUUUUCACAAUAAAAGCAACCUGGCCCGGCACCAGCGAAUCCACACGGGGGAAAAGCCCUUUGCUUGCCCUGAGUGCGGGAAGAGUUUCAUUCAGAAAGCCUCUUUGGAGGCUCACAAAGCCACCCACAGCAAAGAGAACCCCUUCUCCUGCCCCGAUUGCGGGAAAACCUUCAAGCUGAAAAUGUCGCUCCUCACCCACCAGAGGACUCACACGGGGGAGAAACCCUACGCCUGUUCCCAGUGCGAGAAAAGGUUCAUCCGACGUUCUCAGCUGCGCAGGCAUGAAAAGGCACAUGCAGAAAAUCCAGAGAUGGAUCCUUCUGAAGAGAUGAAGAUCUUCACUGAAGAAGAGCCCGCCACUGCUUUAGAAUUGCUGGUUGAAACCUCUGACCCUGCAGAACUUGCUGAACUUUCUAUGGAGGCCAUAAGCACUGCUGUGAUAAGUGUGGAUGGCAAGUUAUUUCUUGUGCAAACUACUGUAUAGAGCUGGAUCGUCCACACUGAGACACUAAAGUUUGGGAAUUACAAUCAAGAUAAAUGAGGCACAAAACAAAAGCUUUUCAGAAUGUUCAUUUUCCUGCCUUCUGCAUCUUAACUUCCUGCUAUCCGCCAAACUCUCCGAGUGAUUUUGAAUCAUACAGUUAAAAAAGAAAAUAAACCCUUAAAAGGGACCAUAUGUAACACUCUCAAUCUGCCUUUCUCAGUUUCAUGCCCUCAAAAGCUUCAGAAACAUUCUUUGAAAGCAGCUGACUGAGAAACACAUGGACAAGAUUUGGGGCGGAAAGAUAAGUUCUUCAUCCUAAAGAUAUAUUUAUAAUUUAGAUUAUAGCUUAGUUGAUCUUGGCCAUCACAAUUCUUAAGCCUUAAUUGCGCUUUUUGUGACUGUGAGGAUAAAUUAUGUGGGGGGGGGAAGGGGCUGCAAUCUUUUGUGCACCUUAGAAAGGCCAAGGUAUUUAAAUGUAAUAUAUGUAUGUAAUAGAUACAUAUGUGCCAUCUGCAUCCUGAAAAGACAGUAGGGCAGUGGCAGUUCAUACCUGAUUUUGUGGAAGGUUCCAGAAGUGGGAGGUCGCUACCAAGAAGGCCCCUACGUGAUGGAAACGGCUAUGAAGGCAGCCCUGCUUUCCUGGCUGAGCAGCAGUUCCCAAAAAAUUAAUCAGAAAGCUAACGUAUCUGUUUCUAUCACAGGUUUUCCACCUUGGCAACUUUUAAGAUACGUGGGCUUCAACUCCCAGCAUGCUGGCUGGGGAAUUCUGGGAGUUGAAGUCCACGCAUCUUAAAAGUUGCCAAGGUUAAAAAAAAAAAAACAUCGUUUUCUACAAAGUGGCCUCCUCCUCCUCCUCCUCCUCCACUCAAUUCUUUUCAACUGAAUGUGGCCAGUUAUUUCCCAGAAUGGCCUUUCCCACGCUGGUGUUCUGCAGAUGUAGAAAACAGCUGGGGCAAGGCGGCCAGAGAGGGGUCUCCUGGCUCUCAUUUGACUGACCUGUUGAAAUCCUGCUUUGCCUUCCGGGUUUUUAAACCUGGGUGCUGCUCUAAAUGCUUCUAAUUAUUUUUGUAUCUCAGAAAGAGAAUUAUUUUGGAUUGCUGAGUAAAUAAAAUUACAUUCUGUA